AUCACAGAGCUAUGUUUUCACUCCUAAGCGUUCCUUCGAGCGGCUUCGGGAAUCAAUCGGUACCCUCCGAUUAGUGUUAAAGAGGAAUUGGGAUUUCUUGAACAUGGUGUUCGAUCUCCGAUCCUUCAGUUUCGCCGAUUCCGCUGAGGAUGGUCCCCCACCACCUCCUAAAAGCUUCUCUCUAAAGGAGCUCCGAGUCGCCACACGCAACUUUAGCCGAGACAACUUCUUCUGCCAAUGUGUAUUCGGCACGCUUUACCGGGGCCACUUAGCCGAUGGUUCUCCAGUGGCGGUAAAAAGAGCACGCGCUGUCUUUGAAUUUAGCAAAGAGCAGUUCGAAACAGAAGUUCAAGUGGGAAGCUCAGUUUCAGCGCACUCGAAUGUGCUACGCCUGAGGGGCUUUUGCAGGACCAAGGAAGAGCUUUUUCUGGUCUAUCCCUUUAUGAUCAACAAGAGCCUAAGAUAUCAUCUUCAACAUAGACCGGAUGGGUCCACCCAACCUCUCGGUUGGACGACUCGCAUGCGCAUAGCCCUGGGAGCAGCUAGAGGUCUUGCACACUUACAUAAUCAAGGCAAUGUCAAGAUCAUGCACCGCGACAUUUGCACGUCAAGUAUAUACCUGAAUGACCAAUUUGAGGCCGUGAUAGGAAACUUUUGGCGUGCCCUUAUCAUGCACGACGGAAAUGCGAAGGAAGGGUCUAUUCAAUGGCCCAGACUCAAGCACCCCGUUGGUGUCUCAUCCUCAUCCCAAGGAGAAGAUUCAGCUGAUUCUGAUUCCGCUUCUCCAACCGACAAUCUCUACGAAGAUGUUUAUGUUGACACCACCUAUCGCGCCGGCAGAGUUGAGCUUAUUGCCCCCGAGUACCUGCACACAGGAAAGUGUACACUGAGGAAUGAUGUUCACGCCUUUGGGAAAGUGCUUCUUGAGCUCAUCUCUGGACAGCCAUCUGCAAAACUUAAUGCGUUGGCGUAUGAUGAAAAUCUCAGUUUGGAGGAAUGGAUUGGUGGAUUAAUGAACAAGAACGAGUUGGGAAGAUUGAUCGAUCCCAAUUUGCAGAGGAACUAUGUGGAAGAAGAAGCAGAGCAGGUUGUCCGACUGGCAUUGUUGUGCGCAAAUGGCGAUCCAACUGUCCGACCGGAGAUGUCUGAAGUGGUUAGAAUGCUCGAAAGCCAAUUGCUUGGGCACGAUCACAGCAGUGGGAGUACUUGAAGCCGAAGCGAGUGUGAUUCGACUCCUUACCACUCUUUCCCUCCUUCUCCUUCAUUGGAAAUUGCUCAAUGACCGGCACUCGCGAUACUACAUCUUGAUCAGUGUCUGCUUUUUUACUUUCAACAUGAAGUUCGUCUUCUACCUCUUGUGCCUAAGUUCAUAUAUGUUCAUUUCCAUUUCCAUUUAUAAGAUCCUUCUUUAGUACAUCUCAGUUGAGCCAAUACUGGAUCCUCUUGGAGCAAAUUUUUCAGUCCAUCCAUUUCAGAAAAAGGCAAUAUUGGAGCUCAUUAG